GGACCGCCAUCUUAACAUUUUUGUCAUUCGUGUGUGGGAUUAUUGGUUUCGUAUAUUAUAGAAAAUUUACUUCAAGAUAAAGUAGUUAUUAAUAGUAACAUUCUUAAAAUAACAUCAAGCGAUGUCGGACAAAAAGCGCUUGCUAAAUGACCUCAGAGUUAUAGACUUGCGAGCAGAAUUAGAGAAGCGCAACCUAGAUAAAAGCGGUGUUCGCGGUGUGCUCAUACAGCGUUUGUCGAAGCAUUUAGAAGAGGAAGGGCACGAUCCUGCUACUUUCAAAUUUGAAUUGGCUACUCCAGAGGCGAAAACCCCGGCUAAAAGAACCAGACGAUCGGAGAGUACUGUUGAACAGGAGUCUGAAGACACUCCAGCCAUGGAGGAUAUGAUCGUGCAAGAUGACGCUGGAGAGGAAGAAGAAACAGAGCAAGGAGACGUAAAACCAAACGUUACCAAUUCUCAUGCUGAAGACACCAUGGAGGUCGAGGAACCUGAAAAGUUAAAUAGGAAAAGAGAAUUAAAGGAAGAACCAGAGGCAACAGAGGCUAAGAAGCCUUGCCUCGACAAAGAUACAACAAAUGAAGAAGAUCACAAAUUAGAGAACAACACUGACGCUGAGGACAGCAUUAACUUGGAUAUUGGUGAUGAUGAACUGCUCAAUGAAGAGACUGAAAACAACACUAAACCGUCUAAAAAAGAUGAAGCUGCGGAGGAGGAGGAGGAGGACGCGGCCGAGCCAUCGAGCGACAAGUCUGCGCCCGCCGACUCUGCAGCGAACGGCGACGACGAGCCUGCCGACGAUCAACAUCAAGUAAACUCCGAAGCCCCCGCCACUAGCAAUGAGGAUGAGAAGCAUGAGAAAGAGAUAAAAGAAGAAAAAGACAAAGAAGUAGAUGGCGAAAAGAAAGAGAAAAAGGAGGAGAAUAAAGAAGGCGGUGCUAGAAACUUGUGGGUCAGUGGCUUGUCCGGCGACACACGUGCUAAGGACCUGAAGCAACUCUGCAGCAAGCACGGGAAGGUGAUUGGAGCCAAGGUGGUAACCAAUGCUAGGACUCCUGGAUCUCGUUGUUAUGGCUAUGUCACGAUGGCAAGUGCUCAAGAUGCAGAGAAUUGUAUUAAAAAUUUGCAUAGAACAGAAUUGCAUGGGCGUAUGAUUUCUGUUGAGAAGGCUAAGUCCGAAUCAGAAUCGGCCUCACGACGCCAACCAUCCGCGCGUUCGGAACGUCGCCCUAGCAAGGAACGUAAAGAAGAAGCUAAAGAAAAUGAGGAUAACAAAGAAGGUAUCGAAAAGACAGGUGAUGUUAAGAUGAAGAAGGAGAGUGAAAUGUCGGGAGCAGAAAGUACUCGGUCCACAUCACGGACACGCGAAAAGUCACAUCGUUCUGAUAAGGAUCGUGCAAAGCGAAGCACAAGGAGCCGAGAGCGUCGGAGAUCGCCUCGGGAGGUUUUGUCAUUUUCCAAAAUUUGGAAGGAGCGCGACGUGGCACGUGCACGUGAGAGGUCGAGGGCGGCGCGCGAGGAGGAGCGCCGGCGACGCGCGGCCGAGGACGCGCUACGCGAGCGGGAGCGCCGACAGAGGCAGGAGAAACAUCGACUCGCACUCGAGAGGGAGAAGCUCAGGGCUGAGAGAGAAAAAAUUGAACGCGAAAAGAAUGAGCUACUUCGUUUGGAACGCGAGCGUCAUAGACUGGAACGGGAGAAACUCGAAUUGGAAAGACUGGAACUGAAACGUGCUCAACUAAGACUGGAAGAAGAGCGUCGUAAGCGCGGCUACGAGGGUAGUACAUAUCGCAAGGCGGGCAGUCCGCCGCCCGAGCCUGCGUACGAGCGUGAUACCAGGCACAAGCGACCACCGCCGCCACCCAUAUCGUCCAGCCGAGGACAGUUUGAAGCGCCGCCGCCGCCUCGGUUCGAGAUGACCGCGAGCUACGAGAGAGGAGCCGACAAGCGGGAUCGCGAACGUGACUACAAGCGGGAUUAUCCUCGUCAUGUUUCAUCUGGUAACAUGAAGUACUCUAGCAAUGGCGGUGCCAGUGAAGACUCCCGACAACCAAUGCCACCAGGCACAAGACCUAAAGAGCCCAGUCGCUCAUAUGAGUCUCGUGACAACCGUUCGUACCGGCCAUCACCGCCCGGUAAACCAGAACCACGCAGCUGGAAUGCGUCCAGUCGCUACCCUGAUGCCGCACCGCCUUCUAAAGGUAGUAACGGUAGUGGUGGAGGCGGCGAAGCUUGGUCGAGCGGCGAGACACGCUAUGGCAGUUACGAAGCUCGGUACGCGCCACAGUAUCAGCCGCCGCCGCCGGGCGCGCCUUACCCCGACCGCUACGCGCCGCCGCCUCGCGACUACCCGCGCAAAUACUAGUCACGUUUGGACAAUUGUUGGCGAUUACGGUUCACAUGUUAAUUUCGUAUGUUAGAGUGAAUGUUAUUAUUUUAUAAUGCAAUCUUAGUUCAGAGGGAUAGUAUCUAUCUCUGAAUAAUUGUACGUGAUAUUAUAUUACUUUUGUAAUAACUCGCUGCAACAAUUUGAUUAAUACUAUUUUGGGGUCACAAGACUUAUAUUUAGCCCAUGAUUUCCCCGAUUUCUAGGGAUGUUAUAGGAUAAUAUUUAGCUCAUUCCUUAAUAGACAAGUUGUGAUGACUAACAUUAAUGAUGAUAUAAUUUAUUUGGAUCCUUUACUUUAAAAGUUAAUGUAUUAUUUCCCAUGUAUAAGAUUGAAUAAGUCUUAUCUUCAGACUAGCUAUUAUUAGUGCUUAUUAUUAUUCGUGUGCGCCGCUAUCAAUUGUUUUAUCAUGUAAUACUUGACCAAAAUGAUCUAAGGUAUAAAAAAAUGUACAGUCAACGUAAAUACAUAAUAAUAUAUUACUAAACGUUUGUACAAAGUUACAUUGGGUAUGAUAGGCUAAUACGAAUACAGUGUACUGUUUUGUGUAAAGUAUAGAUGAUAAUGCGAUAAGUAAAGAAACAUAUAAAUGA